ACCUGUCAGCAGGUGGCAGACGAACACAGUGCGAACUGUACGUGUCUGCAGUCGCGCGCAAGCGGGCGCGAGCAGAAAUCAUGGCAGGCGGUGAGAGAGUCGCUCAUUUGAUGCGUCAGCUCGCGAGCGCGGCGUGCAGAUGCCCGGCUCAUUCUCAAGCAUAUUCCCACACUUAUAAUCGAGUUUCUACAGGUGAGGUUCAUAUGCGUGAACGGAAAACAGAUUAUGCAUUUGAAAUGGCUUGUUCAAAUAUCAGAUAUGGAGCAGGAGUUACCAGAGAAAUUGGCAUGGAUUUGCAGAACAUGGGAGCACGUAAUGUGUGUCUGAUGACGGAUAGGACCUUGUCUCAGCUGCCGCCGGUUGGAGUAGUGUUGGACUCAUUGACGAAACAUGGAGUCAAAUAUAAGAUCUAUGAGGAUGUGCGAGUAGAACCAACAGACAAAAGCUUUAAAGCAGCGAUUGAUUUUGCCAAACAAGGACAUUUUGAUGUGUAUGUUGCUGUGGGCGGGGGCUCUGUGAUUGACACCUGUAAAGCAGCCAAUCUCUAUGCGUCUCAUCCAGAGGCAGAAUUUCUAGACUUUGUCAAUGCACCAAUUGGAAAAGGAAAACCCAUCACAGCCUCACUGAAACCACUCAUCGCUGUUCCUACUACGGCUGGAACGGGGAGUGAAACUACAGGAGUGGCUAUCUUUGACUUUGAGGACCUGAAGGCCAAAACUGGUAUUGCAAAUCGAGCCCUAAAGCCCACUUUGGGGAUGGUGGAUCCCUUACAUACUCUGCACAUGCCAUCAAGAGUGGCAGCUAACAGUGGCUUUGAUGUGCUCUGUCAUGCAUUAGAGUCAUUCACUGCUUUGCCGUAUAACCUAAGGAGUCCCUGCCCAUCCAACCCCAUCAAUCGCCCAGCUUACCAGGGCAGCAAUCCAAUCAGUGAUGUUUGGGCAAGACAUGCUCUCAAGAUCGUUGCCAAAUACUUGAAGCGAGCGGUGCGUGAUGCUGGAGAUGUGGAGGCUCGCUCCAGCAUGCACCUGGCCAGUGUGUUUGCUGGAAUCGGCUUUGGCAAUGCAGGAGUCCAUUUAUGUCAUGGAAUGUCAUAUCCCAUUGCUGGGAAUGUCAAAACUCACAGGGCUAGAGGCUACAAUGUAGAACAUCCUAUAGUGCCUCACGGACUCUCUGUAGUUCUUACGUCCCCUGCUGUUUUUGCCUUCACUGCAAACAUGUGUCCUGAGCGCCACCUGGAGGCUGCACAAAUACUAGGUACUGAUGUGAGUAACAUCAAGAAAGAUGAUGCUGGCCGUGUGUUGGCUGACACUCUCAGAUCGAUCCUGUAUGACCUGGAAGUGGAGGAUGGCUUGUUUGCAAUCGGCUACACUAAAGAGGACAUUCCAUCUUUGGUGAAGGGCACCAUCCCUCAGGAGCGGGUAACUAAACUGUCUCCUCGAGCUCACACUGAAGAGGAUCUGACUGAUCUGUUUGCAGCAUCCAUGAAGCUCUACUGAACAGACUGAAGAACAUUUUCACAUAUUGACGUGGUUCUCAGAAGCACAGCCUUUGAUUAGCUGUGCUGAUUUCAUUAUGUAAGCAGAGACACUGAUCUUAACACUCUGACCUCAAUUACUUUUAAUCCUUUCAGUGAUGUCACUGUCCCGAGCCAGAAAAGCAGAGACAGUAACACACUCACAAUCAGAUACUGUAUUCUGCAUGUCAGCAUAUUUAAGCAUAAUUAUCAUUGUGAUAUAUGUAAACCACCCUGCACACACAGAGAGAGUAUGCAUGCUCUCCAUUCAAUCUAACUAUUAAGGCUGAUUUGUUAAUCAGUGUGAUUUAGACAGGUUGGAUUUAAAUGAGUCUAAUCUAAGAAUCAGGUUUAGACUUAAUCUAGUUAGCAACAUAGUUUUUUCUGCUGAGUUGUUUUUAUAUCUUAAAUCAGUGAUGAAUUAAAAUGGAUUAAUGCAUUCAGAUUAAUUUGUUCAUGCUGUCUGAAAUGUUUAUCUGAAGUGAGGAACCUUUUAUAGGAUUUUAAGUUCUGAAAAUUAAAUAAAUAUUCAUACUUUCCCUAUAUCACUACACAAGUAAUUUUCUUGGAAAUGGAGCUAGAAGCAUUAAAAACUGAAUUUAAUGGAGUAUAUCGACUAUUGUGUGAAACAUUAUGAAAUCAGAAUAUUUCUUACUGUACUGCAGGCUAAUAAAAUGUAUGAAAUCUGAAAAUAUUAUCAUUUUGUUGUGCCUUUUUUGACAUAUAUGAAGUUUUCUAUGUAGGGACCUGUUUCGCUAAAGGACUGGGUAUAGAAUGUGAAGUGUUGUGUCAUUUGUUAUUGGUGUGAGUGCAGCAGAGAGCUGACUUUUAGAAGCGUGUGAUUGGCUGAUCAGAGCUUUGGCUUCUGGAAGCGUGUGAUUGGCUGGUCAGAGCUAUGUCCUGCAGCAUUUAAUCUAUUAACUAUUAAGUGAAACAGAUUUAAAUAGAUUUAAGAGUGACGUUUCCUAGAAAAGCACCUAAACAUGAUCUUGUAAUGAGUGUGCGUGUAAGAGAGUAUUUAAAGAGGGGAGAAGAUUUAGCACUUGCAGUGAUUCUUCUUGCAGUUUGUGUUUUGUUUGACUUCGUCAUGCAGCAAAUCUACACACAGAGCCAUGAAGAGUUUGAGGUGUUCACCACUGUUCUGUCGCCUCAAGUUUGUCAGAAGAGAGUGAUAUUCAAGCACCAAGGAGAAAUGAUGGUUGUGGCAGCAGACUACAGCGCAGACUGUGAUGAAGAGCUGAGUGUCCGUGCCGGUGAGGUUGUGUUGCUGCUGUAUCAGGAGAAUGCUGACUGGUGUUAUGUCCGACUUCAGAACGGAAAGGAAGGAUACCUGCCCACAGCCUGCUUCACUACGAAGCAGGAGUCAUUGAGGCCCUCUGUAACUCAGCCAUCGCAGAGCUUUACACAAACGUCAUCUAAAGAUCGGAUUGGCUGCUCUGGAGGGCGUUCUCUGAAUCUGCUGCGGCGAGCGUCUCUGUCAGGAGUGCCAGGUUCACCUCGGUUGCUUCAGCGGCUGCUCUCUCGUCGACGUAGUGAGGGACAUGCUGUACGUUCGAUCGGCUCCAUCAAUCAUGCAUUUCAUCCUGACUGAUCCAUCUAACCCUAGAGCUCCAGUUUUCUCUUCUAAAUGGGUCACAGAACAUCAGAAACUAGGACAAGUCUGACACCAAAGUUCAGUCUGCAUGCAACUCCUUCAGAUUUGGAGAUAAAACUGACUUUGGUGUCCUGAUUAGGGUUUGGGGCCUCGGUAACUUCGUUGCCAGUUCCUAGCACUGAAACUGUUAACUGGUGUUAAGAAUCUUUACCAUUACUGCCCCGUGUAAAUAUGUGAAUACUGGUAAAAAAAAAAAAAAAAUGUAAAGCCCUGCAAGUUGCUUUGGAUAAAAGCGUCUGCUAAAUGCAUAAAUGUAAAUAUUGUGAUUUUUUUUUUAUCCGAAAUUUCACACUCUUCUUCACCUAUGAAUGUAUUUAAUAUGUACAUGUUUUGACUAAUAAUACAGAAAGACUACAAUGAGAAA